CGCCGCCGUCCCAACCCACCAAACUCAGAGCAUUCCUCCGAUCCAGCACCGCCGCCGCCAACACCACACCUCGAGAGUCCUCGCCGCCGGAGAAGUAGCAAGCGAGAUGGCCGGGAGGAAGGGCGGCGAGAGGAAGAAGUCCGUGACCCGCUCCGUGAAGGCCGGGCUCCAGUUCCCCGUCGGCCGCAUCGGGCGCUUCCUCAAGAAGGGCCGCUACGCGCAGCGCGUCGGCUCCGGCGCCCCCGUCUACCUCGCCGCCGUCCUCGAGUACCUCGCUGCCGAGGUCCUGGAGCUGGCCGGCAACGCGGCCAAGGACAACAAGAAGACCCGCAUCGUGCCGCGGCACCUGCUUCUCGCCGUCCGCAACGACCAGGAGCUCGGCAGGCUGCUGGCCGGCGUCACCAUCGCCCACGGCGGCGUGAUCCCCAACAUCAACCCCGUGCUGCUCCCCAAGAAGUCCGCCGCCGCCGAGAAGGAGGCCACCAAGUCGCCCAAGAAGAAGGCCGCCGCCAAGUCCCCCAAGAAGAAGGUCGCCGCCACCAAGGAGUAGCCUCCCCCAUUGCCAAGGCCUAGUUCCAUGUCUCUCUGUUGGUUGGAUCUUGUAUGUAGUAUAGUGCUUCGUCUGGAAGUGCAAGCUGGUAGUCUGUAGUGUAGUGGCCCUUUCAUCGGAUCUCGAUGAGCAAGGCUGGCAUGGCAUUGUGUCUGAUUUACUUUCUGGGAAUGGCUAAAGAAAGAUGCAAUCCUUUCAAUCUUCAA